UUCAGUCCUCUGAACCAUCGGUCAGAAAGAGAGACUGACGGAGAGGGAGGGAAGUCGUGAGACUGAAUCGAAGACCCAAGACUUACAAGUCUCUACCCGCAACCGUUUUAAGGAAGAUAGAAUACUGGGAGCUAGAGGGGGGCGCGUGGGUGCUUGUGACAGAAGACAUGUCUACCGCUACAGUGUGUUCGUCAACGCUUCAGUCCCAGAUCACCGGAUUUGGCGGUGGUCUCAAACUUCAAAAGCUUUCAUUUGGCCGACCCAGUACCGUCACGAUUACUAGGAAGAAAGUCCAAACUGUGGUGAGGGCAACUUCGAGAGUUGACAAGUUCUCGAAGGGCGACAUUAUAGUUUCUCCUUCAAUCCUCUCUGCUAAUUUUGCAAAGUUGGGGGAGCAGGUAAAAGCCGUAGAGUUGGCAGGUUGUGACUGGAUUCAUGUUGAUGUAAUGGACGGGCGGUUCGUCCCUAACAUUACAAUUGGACCCCUCGUUGUUGAUGCCCUGCGCCCUGUUACUGAUCUUCCCCUCGAUGUUCACUUGAUGAUCGUGGAACCUGAACAACGAGUACCAGAUUUCAUCAAGGCUGGUGCAGAUAUCGUGAGCGUCCAUUGUGAGAAUUCUGCCACCAUCCAUUUGCACCGUACACUUAAUCAAAUAAAAGAAUUGGGAGCUAAAGCCGGAGUUGUCCUGAACCCUGGGACCUCACUAAGUGCUGUAGAAUACAUACUUGAUGUGGUCGAUCUGGUUUUGAUCAUGUCUGUGAACCCGGGAUUCGGUGGGCAAAGCUUUAUUGAGAGCCAAGUGAAGAAGAUAUCUGAAUUGAGAAGAAUGUGCGCAGAGAAGGGAGUGAACCCGUGGAUUGAAGUAGAUGGUGGUGUUGGCCCGAAAAAUGCAUAUAAGGUGAUUGAAGCAGGAGCUAAUGCUCUUGUUGCCGGUUCUGCUGUCUUCGGUGCUAAAGAUUACGCCGAAGCUAUUAGAGGGAUCAAAACCAGCAAAAGGCCCGAAGCAGUUGCUGUCUGAACUAUCUCUGUCUGCUGAAGUCUUCAUGUCUAGAGGGAAAAGCAGUAUAUAUUGAUAAUCCAUGUCAGUGGUGCAGCCUUGGCUCAAUCAACUUUCUUCAGGCCGGUGAUGAAUGAAUAAGAACCCCAACCAAGUUCCUUGUGGUAUGAUUUGUACCAUGUUCUUUAUAGGAUAUAGAACUUGUUUGAUGCAAAACUGUAGCACACAUGCCAUUCUAAUCAAAUACCAUGUUGAGCUUUCUCUUCCUUAUUGCGAUACAGCAAUCUUA